AUGCGGGACGUUCUCCAGACCGAAGAACUCAAUAUCCCUGAGGGAGUCACCGUUGAGAUCAAGUCCCGUCUCAUCACAGUUACCGGUGCCCGCGGAACGUUGACCAAGAAUGUCCGUCACAUCGACAUGGACGUCCGGAUCCAGAAGGGCAAGUCCAACAAAGUCUGUCUCGCGGUGUGGCAGGGGGGCCGCAAGCACGUCGCUUGCCUCCGGACAAUGAAGUCUCUCAUCAGCAACAUGAUCAUCGGUGUCACGAAGGGCUUCCAAUACAAGAUGCGCGCAGUCUACGCCCAUUUCCCCAUCAACUGUAUUAUCCAAGACAACGGACGCGCGGUGGAGAUCCGUAACUUCUUGGGCGAGAAGAUUGUAAGACAUGUCAACAUGCUCGAUGGUGUCACGAUCUCGGAGUCAAAAGCUCAGAAGGAUGAGCUCAUCCUUGAGGGCGCUGAUAUUCAGAACGUAUCACAAUCUGCCGCAUCCAUCCACGGAGUUUGCCUUGUCAAGAACAAGGAUAUCCGUAAGUUCUUGGACGGUAUCUACGUGUCUGAGAAGAGCACAGUUAUCGCGGAGUGA